CGGGCAUGAACACAAACCCAAACUACCCCCCAUUUGUUGUUGCGUUAGUUGAUGUUAGCAGGGUUGUUGGUUGAAUUCUGUUAUUUUUACAGCUGAAAUGAGAGCGACAGUCCCGGAUUUUCCUCCAGCAGACUAUGUCUGAACUUCUGGACUUUUUAAUGUGACAUUUGCUACUUCUCGAAAGCAGGAAGUGAUUGUUGAGCCCACUUUAGCCUGUUGUUUUGGCUAACUCACCACCGACAAAACCGUCUUGUUUCUCGCCUGCUUCACGCACCCGACCCGAGCUCUGAAAUGACUCUACCUACUGAAUGGGAGGACGACGAGCGCAUGAAUUUUAUGUUUUCCGAAUUCAAGGAGAACCGAGAAGUGAACGUCACGGACUGGGACAGCAAGAUGGACUUCUGGUCGGCUCUGAUCAUGAGGAGCUGCAGGCAGCGGGGCUCUGUGUGCAUCAACCUGAAGGACCUGAACGAGACCUUCAGGAGGAAGGACAGAUCCCCGCUGGGGCUGCCGACCGUCAUCCAGUCCAUGGCCAGAGGUGGGAAGAUCCAGAGGGAGUCGGAGUUCGCCGCCAGCGUGGACUGUGGCUGGGUGUCGUGGAGCGUCGGCCUCCUGCUAGUGAAGCCCCUAAAGUGGACCUUCUCCACCCUGCUGGGAGGUGGAGGGGUUCCUCUGCAGGACUCGUUUGUUGUGAUUGAAAUAGUGAAGGAGAAAGCAGCAGAACUCCUUCAGCUCUAUCGGAACAGUGAAUUAUCCAGUUGCUCCAUCUUCUCUUUUCAGGAGCUCUGUGUGCUCUCCUCUGACAUCUGUGCAGAUGAGAGCACCCUGUGCAUGGCCCUGCUCCAGCUGCAGAAGGAUAAGCAAGUGAUUGUUAGUUUGCAUGAGGGAGAGAAGAUUGUGAAGUUUUGUCAGGCAGGACAGGAGCGCGUGUCUCCCCUGAAUGACGUCGACAUUGGGAUCUAUCAGCUGCAGCGCAGUGAGAAACUCCUGGGAGAGCGGGUGGAAAAACUGGGAAGGGAAGCUGACAGGUGCAAGGAAGAAACAAGAAAUCUACUUCGCGAAGGAAAAAAGUCUCAGGCUCUCAGGUGUUUGAGAAGCCAGAAGAGGAUCGAAAAGAGGGCAAACAACUUGUUUGCCAAAAUGGAGAGCAUCAGAGGAAUCCUGGACCGAAUAGCUAUGUCACAGACUGAUAAGAUGGUGAUGCAGGCAUAUCAGACGGGAGUGGCUGCCUUAAGGCUGUCUCUAAAGGAUGUUUCUGUGGAGCGUGCAGAGAGUCUGGUGGAUCAAAUUCAGGAGCUGUGCGACACACAAGAUGAAGUCAAUCGAACCAUUUCCAGUGGUGUGAAUCCUGCAGAUGAAGACAUGGAUGGUUUGGAGGAAGAACUGAAGUCUUUGCUAGAGGAGGGAAAUCCAGACUCGGCCUCAGUUCCAGCAGACGGUGUCAGUUUCAGCGAGCAGAUCCUGAGCGUUCUGCCAGAUGUUCCUCGCAGUCCCCUAAAUGUUGUCUCUGAUGGGUUGGAGGCAAAGCUGGAGCAGUUAAAGCUGUCAGAUUAAGACUCUCAACACAAUAAAUCAGCGUCGGAAGACAAAACAUCGGAGCCAAUGCAGUGAGACGUCUGUAUGCCUUCAUCGGAUCAGAGUUCUCCUCUGAGCUGUACAUUCUGAAUAGUCUAAAAAUGUACUUAAUCUCUGAAAAAUGGUCAGGGUUUGACUUAAACACCCAAAUAAAAUAUCUAUUUGCAAUGUAAAAAAAUCUAUAUAUAAUUUAUUUACUUUGAGGCCUUUUAAAAUUAGCGAACCCUCUUUAUUUCUUACGCACAGUUUUUCCCCAAAAAUGUAAUGGCUCUGUUGUCAUUUUAUUCCUUUGACUUAAGCUUUUCACCCUUUCAUCAGUAUGGCUAUUUUUAAAUUCAGCAAAAUGGUUAUUGUGUCAUUGUUUUGAGUGAGGUGUGUUAAAGUGUCAUUCUUAGCUGUAAAUAGAGUAAUCAGAAUGCCAAAUGAUUCGUCACGACCAUCUUGAGUCUCAUCAAAACUGGCCUGAGGAGCACAGAGGCCUACUUUUCUGAAUUAAACCCAGUGUGUUUGGAUAAUAAAAUUUAUUUUUCAUGA